CCAAAAAUACUCAACUAUGGUCGUCCAAACAUGACUUCACGACCGAAGAAAAAAUGCGUUUUUCUUAAUUUUCCUUUUAUUUAUGUAUCAUUUCAAAUUCUCUUUAAUAUCCCAGUUACUGAUGGAAAUGGAUCGGUAUUUUUUCGAGAUUUUGUUCCAUCUGUCAUGGAGAGACACAUUAAAUCUGCGAGGCAUCUACCCCUCUGCAUCUUGUUUAGGAAAAGUGCAACUGAUGGAUCCAAACUUGAAAAACAUGUUUAUACCUUGUGGAAAAAUGAGUCGAACAAUUACAAAGACUGGCAGUUUGGAUCCUAUUCUUUUGACAAAAGUGAAAUGGUGAGGGAAAGAAAACCCCAGCAAAUGCCAGCCCUGAAAUGUUACUUGGGGCAGUCUUCAUCAUAUAUGUAUGAGGGAAAGACAAAAAAAUCUCUUAUCCAUCAGUGGCUGAAUAGAUUGGUUGAUCAGCAUGCUGAACAACUUCAAGAUGCCUCACCAGAACUUGUGAGAGUUGCUAUGGAGACACAUAAUGUGACAAUUCUGGCCUUUCCUGAUCAUUACAAUCAUCAUCAUGUUGAAGAAAAAGUGUUUGAGCUCAGUGAGAAAACCCUCAGCUGUAAAGCGUUUGUGAUACACCCUUACUCCAUUCACGCCAGUGAGCUAAGAGAGAUCUAUGAAGUUCCAGAUAUACCUGCAAUUCUUGUACUAACAAAAGACAGUAGGAAAAGGAACAAAUUUGUACCUCGCUUAUUUUCAAGACAACAUAUACAGACUAGUAUGCUAGAUAUCCACCUUCAGGCUUUACAGAUCCGAUCUGUACACCGCUACACUGAGGAGGAGUUUGGAAAAAAUGUAAUGACCUUGAGAGGAACCCUUUAUAUCCCAAAGGUCAUGGUUUUCUAUGCUUACUGGGGAGUGAAAGUCCAAGCUUAUCUGUCCGCCUUCAGGCGGAGUGUGGAGGAAUUCAAGGACCUUGGGGUACUGGUGGAAUAUGGGAUGGUAGACCUCGCACAAGAGGCUGGCAAAAAAUUGGUGUCCAAAUGGGUUAGAAGUGAGGUAUCUAGGAAUGUACCAUUUACCAUACUGUUUCAUACAGAUGUAAGGAAUGACUUCCUGAUUCAGCAUGGACUGAAGGAGGACCGCCCCACCCCCUCUGUCUUGUAUCAGCUGUUCCAGUCUGCCACUAUCAAUAUCACAUACUGGGAUGGGAGGCUGUUCGAUGAUUACCUUCCUUAUGGUCAAACAGAUUCCUCUCAGUAUUCAUUGCUGGAUGAAGGGCCACGGGGCCAACUCUGUCAUCCCUGGUCACACAAUAGAACAGACAGUGACCCACCUCUUCCUGUGGUCAAGCAGAGGAAAAGGAAGGCACCACCAACCAAAACACGCACCACAGAGAGGGGCUGGCAUGAGAGGCAUGGAUCUGAAAAAGUGGAUAAGAGACUGAAGAAAUUUCAUGGAAUUCCCCUUUUGACACAUGAUAUGUGGUCAGAGGUCAUUGAAAAGUCUCAUGCCCCCUCACACCCUCUGCUUGGAGGACACCAGUGGGCAGGGGAGGUCACCAAAGUAGCUCUGGUUGUAUUUGUGAAGACAGAUUGCAGGAGUUGUGCGAACAGUUUGGAAACCUUACUAAAGGUGCAGAAAGCUCUUCGCUUUCUAGAUGGAGGAUCGCUAUAUCUGGUGAAUUGCACAACUGAGCGCGAGCUGUGUGGGGUACACAACAUUCGCGGAUACCCCUACAUCACAGCAUUCCGGGGACAAGGCUGGUUAGGCUACUCCCACUGUGUAUCCCCCGGCAACCAACACCUACCCUACACACGCAUGGAUUUUCAUGGCGUCAUUCAGGAGAAGAACAUUAUGGAGUGGUUUGCAAACGUAGCUGGAACAUCCAUUGUAAACCUGAUGUUUGAAAAACCAGAUGAAGAGAUGAAAGAAGAUGUGAGAUUGGUGGGCACGCUGAUUCCUAGAUAUUCUCGUUUCCUGCCCAGACCCCCUCACUCUAAAAACCCAGAGUAUUACUUCCCUUACCAGUGCUUUAGACUCGUUUGUGAAAGACUGUUUGGAAAGGCAGUGUGUUACUCAGCAUACAGCGUAGACAUACCGGCCAGAGAAUAUGAAGACCAGCACCUGGAACUGGUUGUUACCAAGGUGAUGAUGCACAGACGAGAUGGAGCGGAGGCGGUGAUCACUCAACUCGGAAAGUCAAUAGUGUCCAUUCUGGAGGAGCAGGAGGGAACAGCCAUCCAUCGAUUUCACAGGAAACACAGCUAUACUUUUGGCCCUACCCUGAAGUGCGAGGAAGACCAUGGGGUGUGUACAGACUUCAUCACUUCCUUUACACUGGACCACGCCCGUCUCCCUGUCACUCACAUCACCUCGGACGCCUUCCACACUCAGAUCAGGUCAGAGGAUGAAGACCACCCUGUUUUGAUUGCUUUAGUACAUCAGGAUAACGUUACACAGGACUCACCAUUUCUCCAGACUCUCCAUGCAGUAGCCAGUGAGUUGUACGAUCGCCUUGUGGUAACUACGUUAGAUGUCAAUCAGUACCCGGCCUGGGCGGGACAGUUUGUACCCGCAGACUACAAAACCAUUCUCAUCAGAGAGGACCGGGACAUUGAAGGUAUGUAUUCCUAUCCCAGGAUGUGUAUUGUGUCCAGGAAUGACCACAGAAAAGCUGCCUUUUAUCCACCGCUGGGAAGAAACAAGAACUCCUCUAAAUGGUUUCAGAGAGAUAUCAUCAAGAAGUUUGUGGAAAAAGUACUUACAAAUCCAGGAAAACACAUGGUACAAACAGAACACUUUUAGGCAGUUGUAUCAGAAUCUCAAAAAAUGCAGAUUAGGAUCUUCUGAAGGGGGG